AUGUCUUCAAUUUCCGAAAAAAAUGAACAAACAAGUGUGCUGCUAGUUACAGCGCACGCUCAAGGUCACGUAAACCCCAUGCUAAGACUGGGCAAACUUUUUGCUUCCAGAGGCCUACAUGUCACUCUCGCUACCAAUGACCUUGCCCUAAAAAACCGCUCCACCACUAUUGGCGGCGUCCACCUUGAGUAUUUUUCCGAUGGCCUACCUGAGGAUGCCGAUCGACUGAACGGCAAUAUAGAUACCUUCAUGAAGUCGAUAAAUCAGUUUGGACCCGUAAAUAUCUCUGCCCUAAUCCGAUCAAGCGGUCGUAAAUUCGCAUGUCUUAUCAACAAUCCUUUCGUGCCUUGGGUGGCUGACGUCGCGGCUGAGUUUGAGGUUCCCUGCGCUAUGGUUUGGAUCCAAGCAUCCACAGUCUUUCAUAUUUUUAACUGUUUCUACAAUCGUCUCAGCGAAUUCCCAACUGAAAACAACCUUGAUAUGAGCGUGAAUUUGCCUGGACUUCAACCACUACACGCAGAGGAUCUACCGUCUUUCAUUCAUCCGUCGAAUAACAUGUUUACGUUCGAUGGCAUAUUGAAGGAUGUCUUUUAUAAUUUGCACAAAUAUAAAUGUGUGUUGGGAAAUUCUUUCAUGGAGCUGGAGAAAGAUGUGAUAACGUCGAUUAAUGACGCUGGCGUUCCAUUUUGGCCAGUUGGACCGAUUGUUCCGGCGUCCAUUUUUGGGAAGAAAGACGUGAUUGACGAUGAUUUUAUGGGUGCAAAUAAGUUUAAAUCAGCCAACGUGAGUGAUUGUUUGGAAUGGUUAGACAAACAACAGCCAGCGUCAGUUGUUUAUAUAUCUUUCGGAACCCUAGUUUUUUCAUCCAAGAAUCAUAUAGAAAGCAUAGCAACUGGUCUGAAAAUUUCGAAACAACCAUUUAUCUGGGUGGUAAAGCUGCCGGAAAAUCAAGAAACCCAUCAAUUUGAGAUCUUGGAAGAGAUUAGGGAACAGGGUUUGAUCGUGAGAUGGAGCCCACAAACUGAUGUGUUGUCGCAUCCAUCAGUCGGGUGUUUCUUAAGUCACGGUGGGUGGAAUUCCUUGUCGGAAACUAUUACUGCCGGCGUACCAAUGAUUGUUUGUCCACAGUGGACUGACCAGCCAACGAAUGCAAAGCUUGUUACCGAUGUUUGGGGCGUCGGGGUGAAACUAAAUAAGAAUCCAGGAGCGUUUUUUGAUGGGGAAGAUGUGGCACGAUGCGUGGAAGAGGUUUUGAGUGGGCCUAAAUCCAAGGAGUUAAGAAAGAACGGGGCGGAGUUGAAAAGGGCGGCCCGUGAGGCAGUGGCAGAAGGUGGUUCGUCGGACAAGAACAUUCAGUUGUUUGUACAUGAAGUUUCUUCGUGCUAA